GCUAGUCAGGUUCGCGUAUCAUUUACGCGCCCAGUGCUGUGCAUAAGUGCAUGUGCAAGUGCAUUUCAGUGUCAGGUGCAACUAACUGAUGCCGGCUUUAGCCCCCGGCUAUGGGCGGUAAUAUUUGGGCUACUAUAGCGGCGUGGACGUCAUUCUGUCUUGUGUUAGUGUUAAGUGCUGCUGCUGCUGCUGAUCACGGCCUCCUCCAAGACCUGGGCCUUAACAUUCUUCCAGAUAUCUCAAAGAUUAACAUAAGUUUGGACGAGUACACCAGAAUGAUGAACACCUACCUUCAGACACGUGAAAACUCCGUAGACACUGACACCGCCAUUCCUAAACUUAUCACAUUCAACGUAGAGAAACAAGUAUGGUGGAAGAAGAGGGACGUCUCCGUGAGGCUGAAAUUUCCAAUAACAGCUACGCAUCAAGUGGAAGUAGAAAAUGCCCAGCUGAGAAUCCUGGCACCACCCCAAGCGCAAGGGCCUACCACCGUGAGGGUGCAGGUGAACCAACUCCUUGGCGGAAGACGAAAAAAACUGCUCGAAGAGCGAACAUUUUACCUUUCUAAAAACUUUACGAAAUGGUGCGAGGUGGACGUUACCAGUGCGGUGCAAUCGUGGUUGAGCGGGGACAUUAAUCUAGGUUUAGAAUUAGUUUGUUUAGACUGUGAAAGUAGUUUAAGUCCAUAUCAAGCUGCUAUAACUUCUCUAAUCUAUCCUGACAUUAGACGUGUUCGUCGGUCAUCUCCAUACCAAAGCGAGCGAAGAACUGACUGCCAGAAGGGCAAACGCCAAAAGAGGAAAUGCUGCAGACAAAACAUGAAAGUUAACUUUACUAAACUCGAAUUCCCUGAAAUGAAUUUCAUAGUCGAACCUAAGAUCUACGAGGCUGGGUACUGCCACGGCCUGUGCCCUCCUAACUACAAUCAUGCGACGAACCACUCCAGAAUUCAAAGUCUCAUGCAUCAGAUGGAGAGAAAAAAUGCCAAAAUAGCUAAUAGAAAAAUUAUACCAAAAGCAUGUUGUGCCCCUUCGAAACUAGGACCAUUAGAAAUAUUAUUAAUCAACAAAGACGAUCCUACUAAAUUGUUACUAGAGAAGUGGGACAAUAUGGUAGUUAUAGAGUGUGCAUGUUCCUAGUAGUGUAUUAAGAUUCUUUGUUAAUUAUUGUACGGGUAGAACUGAGCAUUUCUACAUUUUUACUGUGAUAUAAUUUAAUCAUUUAUU